UGGAGGACAGGGUGCAAAGUGCAAGCAAGAGUGCGCAUGCGUUUACAUAGUUAAAUAUAACUUCGCCGGUUUAGCUGUAGAUACACAGUCACCUGUCGCCGUGCAAGGUAUUACAGUACACAGAGUCUCGAAUAAACAGACUUGCUGAUCCAGUCACCUUCUGUUGAAAUGGCCCUGAGAGGAAAAGUUGCUAUAAUUACAGGUUCCAGUUCAGGAGUUGGGGCAGGAAUUGCUGUAGCUUUUUCAAAAAGAAGGAGCCAAACUGUCCUUGACUGGUAGGAACCAGAAGAAUUUGGAGGAAGUGGUCAAGGACUGCAAGAAGGCGGGCUGUGAGGAUGUUCUCAUAAACGUGGGUGACAUCACGCAGGAUGCUUUCAGAAGGACUCUCGUGGAGUCAACCAAGAAGAAGUUCGGGAAAAUAGACAUACUGGUGAAUAAUGCCGGGAAAGGAUGCAUGUGUCCGCUGCAAUCAGCUACCAAAGAGCAGUACGACACUACGAUGGCUGUAAACUUGGAGGCACCUUUGUUUUUGACACAGUUAGUUGCACCGCAUUUGAUUGAAACCAAAGGAAACGUGAUCAAUACCUCGACCUCCGGUACGGGUACAAUUGCACCGGGUGGCGGUGUCUACAUUAUGUCGAAGGUUGCCCUAGAGACAUUUACACGAUACCUUGCUCAAGAAUUGGCGUCAAAGGGGGUACGUGUCAAUGCAAUCAAUCCGGGCUAUGUACCCAGUCAAUUGAUUUCAAGGCUGGUGCCUAAAAAAGAAAUAUCUGAUGAGAUUGAGAGAGUUAUAGUAAAAGCGACGCCAAUUGGUCGAGCGGCAACCGCAGAAGAAAUCGGUCAUAUUGUAGCCUUCCUAGCCUCCGAGAAAGCAGCCUUUGUAACUGGGGAGUGUUUCAGGGCCGAUGGUGGGUACACAAUGACCACACCAGCCCUUGGAUGAAUACGUUGGGGGAUGCUUGAGGCGUACUUGCCUCCACCAUUAGCAGAUUGUGUAAGAAACGUUCGUAUGUGUAGCAUACUAUACAAAUGUUAGUAAAACUUGACAAAUUACUUUAAUUUAUGGAUUAUUUAAAAUGAAAAAAAGUAAUUAUUCCAAAUCAUCGGCUUGAAAAUUCUUGAUAAUUAUGAAAUAUUACUUUGUUGUUUAACGCUGCACUCAGCAAUACUACAGUCUGGAGCAGACAAUCCAGUGAUCAACGUCAUCAUCAUUGAGUUACGCAAUUUGUAUACGAUUUCAUGAAAUAUUCGUAAUAUGAAUAAAAUUUCUUUGAAUAAAUUCUGUAAGAUUUUGUGCGACUUCUAAUUAGAUAAAUAUAUAUGGAUGUGCAUUCUCAAAACCUG